GAAGAAAAAGAAAAAGAAUGCUGGCUCUGGCUGAGUUCUAAGUGUGUGUCUCCUUUCUGUUGUGUGUAUGAUGUGGGUGACCCUCAGGAGCAGGCACUGGGGGCUUGGCAGUCCAUUGUAGGGUGCCAGGGGCCUCCAGACAACAUUCUCUGAAGCCUGUGGGGCUGCAGACCCCAGUCACAGGAGUGAGCAAGGCACCGCUAGAUCCUCUGGUCCUGUUCUCAGCUCCAAAACAGCAAAAGCUCUAGCCUUUCUCAGGGAUCCUAUUUGCACCCCAAAGUUCAGUAGCAGCUUUCAGCUUGCCGUGCAUCUCAAGAUCAAAUAACACAAAACACGGGCUUGAGAAUCUGCCCCUUCCUAUGAGAAAUUCAGGGUCAUCCAUGAUAAAAAUGAAUACAAAUUGAAUUUCAUUAUGAAAAUUCAUGGAGCCAAAAGUGUUUGGUUUUGGGAUGUGUUUAUGUAUACAUAAUGGAAUAUCUUGAGGAUGGAACUCAUGUCUAGACAAGCAUUCCACUGAUACCCAACAUACACCACACAUACAAAUAGCCUGAAGGAGAUUUCAUGCAGCCUAUAUAGUGAGCCUGUGUUUUGAGUAAAGCCCAUUAGAUGAGGCCCUGGAUGGGUGGGUGUGGAAUUUUCCACUACUGCAUCACACUGAUGCUCAAAAACUUUGUGAUUCUGGAGCAUUUGGGGUUGCCAAUUUGGAUAGUGAACUUGCAACGAGGAAACACAAGCAGAGAAACAAAGCUAGACAUCUGAAGAGAGAAUCGUGGGAGUGUGGAUGCAUGACAGCCGAAGCUCUACUCCAGCUCCCAGCUCCCAAGUGGCCAAGGGAAAAGGUCAAUAUGAAUGUGAGUUCUCAUCAGAGCUAACAGCCUCCCUGUGCAGGCUCUGAUUCUCCGGUGUGACUCCACCCUUGAGAGCAGGAACUGACUUCCUGGGUGGCAGCUGUGCUCCGGAGCCCUGUCCACAGACGCACCGCACAUCUGUUGCUUGCAGGUGGGAAACAGACAUUCUCAGGCUUCCAGGAUGUGCAUGUCAUGGUCUUCGUGGGCUUUGGCUUCCUCAUGGUCUUUCUACAGCGGUACGGCUUCAGCAGCGUGGGCUUUACCUUCCUCGUGGCCAGCCUCACCCUGCAGUGGGCCACACUGCUCCAAGGCUUCCUCCACUCUUUCCAUGAUGGCCACAUCUGCGUUGGCAUGGAGAGCUUGAUCAACGCUGACUUCUGUGCGGGCGCUGUGCUCAUCUCCUUCGGGGCUGUUCUGGGCAAGACUGGGCCAGCCCAGCUGCUGCUAAUGGCCCUGCUGGAGGCAGUGCUGUUUAGCGUCAAUGAGUUUAUACUGCUCAGACUCCUGGGGGUGAGAGAUGCUGGAGGGUCCAUGACGAUUCACACCUUUGGGGCCUACUUUGGGCUGUUCCUCUCAUGGGUCCUCUACAAAUCCCAGCUGGAGAAGAGCAGGCACCGCCAGAGCUCUGUCUACAACUCUGACCUCUUUGCCAUGAUUGGGACCAUCUUCUUGUGGGUUUUCUGGCCCAGCUUCAACUCUGCGCCGACAGCGCUGGGGGAUGGGCAGCAUCGGACUGUGGUCAACACGUACUAUUCACUCACCGCGAGCACCCUCAGUACUUUCGCCUUGUCAGCCCUUGUCAGUGGGGAUGGACGACUGGAUAUGGUCCACGUCCAGAAUGCAGCCCUGGCUGGAGGUGUUGUGGUGGGGACAUCAAGUGAGAUGAUGCUGACACCCUUUGGAGCUCUGGCAGCUGGCUUCCUGGCUGGGACUGUCUCCACGCUGGGAUAUAAGUUCUUUACGCCAGUCCUUGAAUCCAGAUUUAAACUGCAAGACACAUGUGGUGUUCACAACCUCCAUGGGAUGCCCGGGCUACUGGGGGCCAUCCUGGGAGUCGUGGUGGCUGCGCUGGCCACUCAUGAAGCUUAUGGAGAUGGCUUGCCGAGUGUGUUUCCACUCAUAGCCAAGGGUCAGCGCAGUGCCACGUCUCAGGCCAUGUAUCAGCUCUUUGGAAUGUUCGUCACACUGGUGUUUGCCUCUGUGGGUGGCUGUCUUGGAGGGCUCCUGCUGAAGCUUCCCUUCCUGGACUCCCCUCCAGACUCCCAAUGCUUCGAGGACCAGGUUUACUGGGAGGUACCUGGAGAGCAGGAGGCUGAGACCCAGAGGCCUCUGAGGGCGGAGGAGUCAGACACCCAGGCCUAAUUGCUGCCAGCCUGACACUGUCCUCAGAGAAGACAAUGGCUCCUGCCAAGAGAGCCUUCUCUGCCUUCGUGACUAUUGUGCCAGGAAGCCUGCCACCCCUAGGCUCGUCCCCAUUAGCUUUCACCUGUGACCAGAAAAGACGAAAGCCACCCCACUGACCAGUGUUACCCUGUUCCAGUGACACCCAAGUCAGCUCCACUCUGGGUGAUAAACAAUGUAUCACCAAGGACUCUGACACCUUUGUACCUCUCCCUUUCACUGCUGAGGCCACCUUGUGGCCUUAGUGUCGACAUCAAAGCCCUCAGUGUUGACAAACCCUCGUUUAGUCCACAGAACGCCAAGAUACUACAUUCUACUAUAUAUGUCCCAACUAGUUCCAUCCA